UAAAUCAAUCUAUCAAUAGCCUUUUCUGUCUUAUCAAGCAACCAUCAAGCGAUCAAUGAAAUUUCAAGUGUUUGACGUUUGGGCUAGUUAUUAAUAGUCAUUUCUGGAUAAUUUAAUUUUAAUUUAAAUCAUAAAAACAAGCGAUUCAUUUAAAGGAAACGAUAUUCAUUUGAUUAAACUUCGUGGAUUUCUAUCUAACAAUGGCUUCUGUUGAUGUCGAAAGAGCACCCAAUUUGCAAGAGAAUUUCCGUGCACUGAAGCUGCAAGGACAUGUUGGAUUUGAUUCUCUUCCAGACCAGCUUGUAAAACGAUCUGUCAAUGAAGGAUUCGCCUUUAAUAUUUUGUGCAUUGGAGAGACAGGCAUUGGGAAAUCUACUUUGAUUGAUUCACUGUUUAAUACAACAUUUGAUUCAACACCAAGCCCUCACACUCUACCAUCUGUUAAACUCAAAGCUAAGACUUAUGAUCUCCAGGAAAAGAAUGUGAAUCUCAAACUAACUGUUGUUGAUACUGUUGGAUAUGGGGAUCAAAUUAACAAAGAAGACAGCUUUAAAGCUAUUGUGGAUUAUAUUGAUACCCAGUUUGAAAUGUAUUUGCAGGAGGAACUUAAAAUUAAGCGUAGUUUAGUCACAUAUCAUGAUACCAGGAUUCAUGCAUGCUUGUAUUUCAUUACCCCAACUGGGCAUGGCUUGAAGUCUAUUGACUUAGUCUGCAUGAAGAAGUUAGACAGUAAAUUAAACAUCAUACCAAUUAUUGCCAAAGCUGAUACAAUAUCUAAAACUGAGCUACAAAGAUUUAAAAUAAAGAUAAUGUCGGAAUUGGUAUCCAAUGGAGUGACUAUAUAUCAGUUUCCUACUGAUGAUGAUUCUGUUGCUGAAGUUAACUCUUCCAUGAAUGCUAUUUUACCCUUUGCCGUUGUGGGAUCUGCUGAUUUUGUUCGAGUUGGUAAUAAGAUGAUGCGUGCUCGUCAAUACCCAUGGGGUACAGUAAUGGUGGAAAAUGAAAGCCAUUGUGACUUUGUCAAGCUCCGUGAAAUGCUUAUCCGAACUAACAUGGAAGAUAUGCGUGAGCAGACACAUGCAAGGCACUACGAGUUGUAUCGAAGAAUGAGGUUGGAACAGAUGGGCUUUUCUGAUGUUGGUGCUGAUAACAAACCUAUAAGUUUCCAGGAGACAUAUGAGCAAAAGCGUCUCGAACAUAUACAAGAGUUGCAACGUAAAGAAGAAGAAAUUCGUCAGAUGUUUGUUGAAAGAGUGAAAGAAAAAGAAUCUGAAUUGAAAGAUGCAGAAAAAGACCUGCACUCUAAAUUUGAUGCCUUGAAGAAAAAACAUGCUGAAGAAAAGAAGAAGCUUGAAGAAGACCGAAAGCAAUUGGAUGACGACAUAAACAAUCUAAACAAAAGAAAAGCCGCCAUACAGCAAGCACAAACCCAGGCUCCGUUUCAGUCCCUAACUUUGGGCAAAAGUAAAAAGAAGUAGUUUCAUGCAGCCUUUCCUCCUCUGUUCUGAAAACCAUGUACAUCAGUGUAUCUGUCAUCCUGUGCUUUUUAUCUCAUUGUAGUCAACUACAACUGUGUUAAUGUUGUUUAGCUUCAAUAUUUUACUUAUAUUUUAUGCUAGAUGUAUGAUAUAACUUCAUCUCCCUUAAUUAUCGAAAUAUGAAUAAGGUAAACCAAAAAUAUUUAUUGUGUUUCUUAAAUGCAUUCAAUUUUGUGUAAGUCAAUUAAAUUUGUAUUAUUUUAUAUUUAUUUAGUGCUCUUAAAAUAUAAAUUAAUUUUUAAUUUAUUUAUUAAAAAAACUGACAUUUUUUACAAAGCUCUGCAUUUGUUACACGUACUCAUCCCCCCCCCUCCUUAAAGUAUUUUAUUAUGAUUUUAUUGUCUUCAUUUUUUCUGUUGUAGAAGUUUUUAUGAUGAAUGAAUUAAGUUGCAUCAUACUAACUUGUUCCUAAGAAACUUCUAAAUUUAAAAUUUAUUACAAUUUCUUUAAAAUUUGCUUGUAUGAAACAUGUAUCAAUUUAUAAAAAUAAAUAUUUGCAUAUUUACAUAUAAAUAUUUACACAACAAUAGAGUGACUAGUAACUUGACCUUAGUUCUUGAUUUUUUUUGUACUUGUGAACUUCUGUAAUAAAUGCAUAACAGCUUUGAAUUCUUUGUAUAUUGGCACAAAAUAUUUUAUUUUACACAAGUAGAAUAAAAUUACGUGAAAACUUUUGAAUUAAAUAGCCUUUCCCUUUUCAUUGAGAUCUGAUAAUGUGCAUGUUUAGCAAUCCUAUAUAUUUCUAAAAAUUUUUACAAUUAUAUAUCUCAACACAUUUUUUACCUGUACUUAAAUAGCAAAAAUUAAAUUAUUUGAAGUAUAUAUACCUCUAAUUCUGCUGUGUUAUAUUAUGAUUUAUUUGUAAAUAUAUAACAGGGAAAUUUAACCAUUUGUCUUUCAUAUUUUAAGAUUUAAAAUUUCUCUGAGAAUUAUGUUAUUUAAUUCUUUUAUGACCUCCAAUUUUUCGUAUGUUUAAAAAAUUUUAAUGAACUUCCUUUUGUGUAGAAUUGAUGACUUAUGAUGAUUAUUAUGAAGGCAAAAUAAUUUUUAUUUAUUAACGGAGAUGAAAAAAAGUUGCUUUCUUCUUUUUCACAAGCUUUUUAGACUUUAAUUACAGGAAUCAUGAAAUAGCCUUUGCACAUGGCUAAUACUGUAUUUUCUCUGUGCAAUAGUUAGUUACACUUUAGUCAUUAAAAAAAUCAUAUGUCUGUAUUUUAUAUUUUUCCAUGCAUUUAUUAAUAAAUUAGUUUAAAAAAGAAA